CACUUCCUGACUAACCAGAGUAACAAAACACAGGAAGAAGAUACUUAUUGAACCGUCAUUUCAGCCACAAGAGACAUUACAAACGAACAAGGCAGUUUACAGACAAUAUACGAGAAACUUGGAAAGUGUAGCACUGCGAGAACGCCGGUGCUUUCAAAUUUAGGAUUUGGAAGAGUCGUAAAAAUGAAGCGUUUAUUUUGGGUCUUGGCUGUAGUUUGGAUGUCUAGUGGAUAUAAUGCCGAAGCAUGUCGUAAGCCUCUCGGGAUAAAAUUCGGCAGGCGUGCCCUCGUACCAGAUGCCAACAUGACAGCGUCCUCCCACCGGGACAGCAUGCGCGCGCCUCAUCAUGGCAGGCUGCAUGGUCCCAAGGCCUGGUGCAGCAAAACGGGCAGCAUCGCGGGCUCAUGGAUAAUGGUAUCGUUUGGUGAAAGGAAGCGUGUUACCGGGAUAAUAACACAAGGAAGCAAAAAGGACUUUAUCUGGGUCACUAGAUACAGAGUUGAAUAUCGUGUGAAGGGCGGACCGUGGAUCAAGUACCCAAAGGAGCUUGUCGGGAAUUCAAUCAUCAAUUACCCAGCAGGCAACACGAACAUGUUUGAGCCAGCACUGAUAGCGCAUGACUUUCGCGUACAUCCGCUGGACGUGGCCGGCGUGAUAUCAGGGAGUGAGAAGGUCGACUUCGCAUGUCUAAGAUUAGAGCUGCUUGGAUGCAAGGAUAAUGAUCCUUGCUCCAAGCCAAAUGACCUUACAAACGGUUGGCAUAGUAACAAUAGUUAUCGACAUGGCGAUCACGUGACGUAUUCUUGUAACCAAGGCUACAGACUCGUGGGGACUCGAAAUAUCACGUGCUAUAACGGAGAGUGGAAAGGAAGAUAUCCUCUAUGCAUAGCGAAGUGCCCAAACCUUGGGACUAUUCCAAACGGAAACUACACAACCGGCGUGACAACAGGUGGCGAGGUUGCUAAGUUUACCUGCACUUCCGGUCAUGAUCUGAUUGGAGCAAUGCAGAUCACGUGCGUCAUGGGAAAAUGGGGAGGUGUCCGACCACGUUGCCUAGCGCGGUGCCCACACCCCGGCGUUCCCAGUCACGGUCUUAUAGAGAGACUCCGGGUACGUCAUGGAGAAACCACGCUCUUUCGCUGUGACCUAGGCUAUUCGCUGAUUGGUUCAGACAUGAUCACGUGCUCAGACGGAAAAUGGAUCCCGGAUCCUCCCCAGUGCAAAGGUGGUUGCUCGGAUCCUGGUACACCAGAGAAUGGUCAGCGAAUCGGAAACGACUUCAGUAAUGGCGGCUCACUUGCCUUCACGUGCGAUCGUAACUUCUCAUUGGACGGUCCUUCACUGAUCAAGUGCAAGGCUGGACUUUGGUCAUCACAACCACCACAAUGCCGAGCUUCAUGUUCCGACCCCGGUAUCCCGGAUCAAGGCAUGCGCAGUGGCGACGACUUGAGGCAUGGCGGUCACGUGUAUUAUUUUUGUCAAGACGGGUUCACUAUGAAGGGCCGAGAUAGUGCGCAGUGUGUGGACGGCAAUUGGACCACACCCAAGCCUGAAUGCUUAGACCAAACAACUUGUCCAGAUCCGGGGUUUCCGCAGCACGGCUCUAGAAUCGGUUACAGCAGCUUCAAGAACAUGGGAGUGGUUCAGUUCAUGUGCACUCGUGAAGGAUAUGACCUGCAGGGGCCUGGGGCGAUCCGCUGCAUCAACGGCACGUGGAACGCGGCCACGCCCACGUGUAAAGCUCGUUGCGCUCCAAUCAAGCCGAGCUCAAACGUCAUAGUCCUUCGUCCAAUCAGCAACCGGCAUGGCAGCGAGGCAGUAUUUGGGUGCAAGGCUGGCUUCCGAUUGGUUGGAUCCUCCGUGCUUGCUUGUAAUGACGGGACAUGGAACGACUCGGUCCCAGUCUGUAUCAGGGACGACGACGACGGUAAUGGUAGUGGCAGUGCUAGUGGCAGCGGUAAUGGAGAUGACUGCAGUGACCCUGGUACACUAACCAAUGGCGGUCGUCAUGGCAACAAUUUCUCUGAUGGUCAGCGGGUUUCUUUUUUCUGUAACAAUGGCUACACCUUAUUUGGAGUGGGGAGCGUCUCGUGUGACGAUGGGGAGUGGUCUGGGGACGUACCUACAUGUCGAGCGGACUGCCAGGAUCCCGGGGUACCUGUCAAUGGUGGUCGCCAUGGGAACAAUUUCUCCGAGGGACAGCGAGUAGGGUUCUUCUGCUCGUCAGGUCACGUGAUUGAUGGUCCAAGUGAGAUCAUGUGCGUGAAUGGGAGAUGGUCUGAUAAGAAGCCUACGUGUCGAGCUGGCUGUGCACAGCCAUCGACUCCUCCCAACUCUGUGUUGUACAUCGGGAGUCGGAAGUCGUACUACUCUGAUCAAGAAAGAGUCUUCUAUUUGUGUAAACCGGGUUUCUUCCUUGUGGGAAUGCGGGAAAGACAGUGCAUGGGGAACAACUGGACAAGUGUGGCCUUCAAGUGCAUAUCGACUGGUUGUGGUGAUCCGGGAACUCCCCUAAAUGGCCAAAAAAUUGGUCUGACCUACCGUGUCAGGGAUAGGGUCUACUACACGUGUUUGCCAGGGUUCAGAAUGAUCGGGCCUUCAAAGCGAGUCUGCAUGUCCAACGGGACUUGGGCCGGCUAUUUGCCGCACUGUGUCGCUAGCCAGUGCCCGGAUCUCCCUAUACCGCAAUACGGAGUAAAACAAGUUACUACGACAGCGUACAAGGGAGAGACUUCUUUCACGUGCACAUCACGUGGGUACGAGCUGGUGGGCUCGAAGGUCAGAGUGUGUCUAUUUGACGGCACGUGGUCGGGGAAACAGCCCUCCUGUGAGAGAGUGAUAUGCAGAGAUCCAGGAACUCCAAAGCACGGGUCACGUGCUCCAACAUUCGGGAUCCUCUCGUUCAGGGACAGCGUGGACUUCUCGUGUUCACAGGGUUAUACGUUGACCGGUAGAAGUAGGAUCUUUUGCUUGGAAGAUGGCACGUGGUCUGACAAGAUGCCCGUAUGUGUAGGAACCCCCAAAUGCCCUGUAAACUGGCAAGAGUACAACGGCCGCUGCUAUUGGUUCAAACACGAGACAAAGCGUAACCAAAUAUGGAAACGGCUGCAGAGACGUUGUCGCAAGCUAAACGCGCGUCUGCUGUCAAUAAAUGACAGCGGUGAAUGGGACUUUAUUCGCAAGCACCUCAAGUCGUCUGUAUCGCGCUAUGCGAUUGGCUUACAAAAGACAAAGGGAUCAUGGAGGUGGACUGGGGGCGGAAAGCUGAGGUAUGCGCAGUGGAGCCAGAGAGAUGAUGCAGGCGGCGAAUGCGUGACCGUGCGAGGGAGGGAUGGGUUGUUUGAGGUGGUGUCGUGCCGUAAAGGCCUUGGGGCUUAUAUUUGUGAGAAAGCAAAGAGAGCCACCUAGAUAGUUAAUUUGGGAAGCCCAAAUGGAUCAUGGAGCUUUUUGUAAGGUUUAAAGGUUGUAUUCGGGAAAACUAUCGGAGUAGCCCGCAAUUGCUCAUAAAUAACUCAUAAAUAGCUGAAUUCUGGUCUUUGAAAACCACGUGAAUGUUUGCAGCACUUUACAAGACUGCUGCCACUUUAAUCACCUGGUUUGUUUAUAUUUACGCUUACAUGCUCAAUUAUUUGAUACCAAUGAAGCGAUUCUGUUACGACACAUAGAUUAUCGAGUGCAACAUUUUUUAAAAUAAGUGUUCACAUUUGGUUUUUAAUAAUCAACAUGUAAUACGGAAUGAAGACCUCAUUAAGGGCGCUGGGAGCGGGGGUAAUAGAGGCUCCUGGACCCCUUUUCUUGCAAACCUAAGCGAUAAGAAAAAAAGCAAACUGGAAACACGUUUUUUAAUAACACAUACUGUAUAUAGCAGAAUAUGGAACAAGUUUUAGAACCCUCAAGUAAGGACAAGGGAAGUAGGGACGGAGAUAACUCUGCAGGGAAAAAGGGGGAAAACAUCCUUUUUAGAAAGACGUGAUUGUGAUUCUAACUUCGACUGAUUUUUUUUUUUUUUUUUACAGUCGUGCCAUUUGUAAAAAUAUGUUUAUUCAACUCGCUAAUCCUUUAGAUUUGAAAAAGUUUCAAGUAAAAUAUUUUCUGUUUU